AUGAAGUUAUCCUUGAACCAUUUCCUCAAAUUCUUUUCAGCCUUCUCGUUACCAUUCUCUGUCUUGUUCUUCUCCAAAAACUCAAUAGAAGCACGAUACACGUUAACUAACGUCAAAUGGUCUCCCUCUGGGCUUGAGAAAGAUUUGAUAACAGUCCGCGACUGCCAUAAAAUAUAAGUCAAGAUCUUCUAACUUGUCACGAGGAACAUAAAAGAUGGAUUCCACUGAUAGCAUCGAGACAACAAUCAACACUUCUUCCUCCUGUACGUACGAAAGAAUAUAAGAAACCAAACCCUCAUCUUGAAACAUGCUUACAGUUCCACAACAAUCUCUACAAAAACAUAACCAAACUCCACAAUCCACCUUCGAAGAAAGCUACAGAAACAUAAGCAGCCUCCUUCUCUCCGCAACCAGAUCAAGGACACUCCGUAACGGCAUACAACUUCACGCUCACAUAAUCAAACUAGGGCUCCAAACAAUCCCACUCAUUUCCCACUAUUUAAUCAACUUCUACUCCAAAACCCAGCUCCCGAUCGACUCACAACAAGUUUUCCAACAAACCCACAUCAAAUCAUCAACCACUUGGAGUUCUGUUAUCUCAUCUUUCGCCCAGAACGAACUCCCGGUUCUUGCGUUACAGUAUUUUAAAAAAAUGAUUGCUUUUGGUGUUCGUCCUGAUGAUCAUAUAUUUCCCAGUGCUACUAAAGCGGCUGCGAUUCUUUCGAGUUAUGAUGUGGGACGGUGUGUGCAUUGUUACGCGGUGAAGAUUGCUUAUCAUGGUGAUGUGUUUGUUGCGAGUUCUUUGGUGGAUAUGUAUGCGAAAUGUGGGAGGAUUGGAGAUGCACGUAAGGUGUUUGAUGAAAUGCCUGUGAGGAAUGUGGUGUCCUGGAGUGGGAUGAUUUAUGGGUAUGCUCAGUUGGGGGAGAAUGAAGAGGCUUUGUGGUUGUUUAAACAAGCUUUGUUUGAGAGAUUUGAGGUUAAUGAUUUUACGUUUACGAGUGUUAUUAGAGUUUGCGGUAACACAACGCUUCUCGGGUUGGGAAAACAGUUACAUGGAUUGUGUUUAAAACUGAGCUUUGGUUCGUCUAGCUUUGUCGGGAGUUCUUUGAUUUCCAUGUAUUCCAAGUGUGGAGUUAUCGAGUUGGCUUAUAAUGUUUUCGAUGAGAUACCCGUUAGGAAUUUAGGCAUGUGGAAUGCGAUGCUAAUGGCGUGUGCUCAACAUUCGCAUACUAAUAACGUAUUUGAUUUAUUUAAUCAAAUGGAAUCCAAUAACAUGAAACCGAAUUUCAUAACAUUUUUAGGCAUUCUUUAUUCAUGUAGUCAUUCAGGGCUAGUAGAAAAGGGUAAGCAUUAUUUCAACCUGAUGAAACAAUACGGGAUCGAACCGAGUGAUCAACAUUACGCGUCUAUGGUGGACAUACUCGGACGCGCUAACAAAGUACAAGAAGCGCUCGCGAUAAUAGAAGAAAUGCCGAUGCAACCUACAGAAUGCGUAUGGGGCGCGUUGUUGACCGGAUGUAGACUUCACGGAGAUACCGAACUAGCAGCGUAUGCCGCUGACAAAGUUUUUGAAUUAGGCUCGGUGGGGUCGGGUAUGUACGUUUUGUUAUCAAACGCGUAUGCUGCAGCCGGAAGAUACGAAGAUGCAGCUAGAGCUCGGAAGAUGUUGAGGGACACAGGGGUAAAAAAGGAAACGGGAUUAAGUUGGGUCGAGGAGGGUAAUAUCGUCCAUACAUUUUGUUCGAGUGAUAGACGUCAUUUUAGAUCGAACGAGAUUUAUAACAAGUUGGAGGAGUUAGAAGAUGAAAUGGAGAAAAUUGGUUAUGUUGCAGAUACGAGUCACGUAUUGAAAGAAGUGGGCGAUGAAGAGAAAAAUAUGGCGAUUAGAUAUCAUAGUGAAAGAUUAGCGAUUGCGUUUGCUUUGAUUACUUUUAAGGACGAUAGGCCGAUUAGAAUUAUGAAGAAUUUGCGUAUUUGUGGUGAUUGUCACACUGCGAUAAAGUUUAUGUCGAAAUGUUGUGGAAGAGUGAUCAUAGUGAGGGAUAAUAACCGAUUUCAUCGGUUUGAAGAUGGGAAAUGUUCUUGCAGUGAUUAUUGGUGAUAAAAAAGAUAUGAUGAUGUUAUUAUGAUCAAAAUUUUGCUCUAAUAUGAUUUAUGAUUGUUCAAAUAAAAACUGUUUAGUAUUGAGUAGACAAGUACCAACAUGUAGACAAAAUGGCAUCAACUGUUUUGUUGGAUGUUUUCAGCCAUUCGGGUACAAUUUCAUGGACCACUUAUGUUGGAUUUCAAUCCAAAUUGUAUAGGACCAUCACUGGACCGGGCCCGAAAAGAGUUUCGUUAAUAGCAGGGAGUCUUUAUUUUUGGAGUUGAGACUAUUGGCGGCCGGCCAAAUAAGUAUGAAGUAGUUCUUAUUUUUGAAUUAUAAGAACUCUUGCAUUGCUUGUGUUACCCUUUUAUCUAUGUUUCCCUUAUGUUGAUUUGAAUCUUCUAUACUUAUUUUCUAGCUUGUAAUCUGUUUUGUUUUA